AUGGCCAGGUGGUCAGAAAAUCAAUGUGUACGACAGAACCUUGCGUUGACUCCUGAAAAUCAACGCCUUGUCCUUGGCCGAGCCUUGAAUCUCAUUCGGUUCCCAUUGAUGACAGUGGAGGAAUUUGCCAUGGGUCCAGCCCAAUCCCAGAUAUUGACUGAUCGUGAAGUGGUCCAACUUUUUCUGUACUUCACUGUGAAUCCAAAGCCUCAUGUUGGGUUCCUUGACAUUCCACGUUGCUGCAUGACUGGAAAGGAAGUGACAUUGUCUGUGUGUCGCUUCCAGAAGAUUGAAUCUCGAUGGGGCUACAGUGGCACUAGUGAUCGCAUCAGGUUCGUGGUGGACAGGCGAAUCUUUGUUGUAGGAUUUGGGCUAUAUGGAUCUAUCCAUGCCCCCCAAGAGUUUGAUGUCAACAUUCAACUGAUCCAUACUGUCAGUGGGAGGGUACUUGGGGACAAUGAUACAAGCUUUUCCUGUGAUGGUACUCAGAUGACCUUCAGGGUCAUGUUCAUGGAACCCAUUGAGAUUCUCCCCAACACCAACUACACUGCAUCAGCAACACUCCGGGGUCCAGAUUCACAUUACGGGACACGAGGACUUGCUAAGGUCAGUGUUGACACACCAUCAGAAGGCAAGAUAACUUUCCAGUUCUUCAAUGGAAUUGGGAACAACAAUGGAACAUGCGUUCAGGAUGGACAGAUCCCAGAAAUUGUGUUCUAUGGACUGGCACCAUCAUCUUCAAAGUCCAAUGGGUUCACUGUGGAUAUUCCUCCUUUUGCUGAGGAAUAG